UAUUGUUGCUGGUUGCACAGGGUUGAAAAGAAUCCAAAGUUUUGAAAAACAUAGUUAUUCUGGCUAAACAUAUGGCUGCGCCAGAAGUUAACAACAUUGCUUCUAAUAGCUACAGGAACCCUGCAUUUGAGGGGGAUAUUGAAAAAGACAGUCCAAAUGAGAAAAAUGAUAUUGCAUUUAGAAACAGAAACUUGGAAAAUGGCAAUUCUCUACAUCCUGAAGAACAUGAUGCAAACAUCAAUAUUGAGAUGGAUGACCAAGUGAGUAAACAUGAAUCACAUUCAAAAUCUGUCUUCCAAAGGUAUCUUGAAAAGAAAUAUGAUAUGGCCCUUCACUUUUUCAAGAAACAUAAAACCAUAAUUCGACGAGUGGUUUAUGGAAUAUUGGCCGCAGCUUAUCUGGCAAUGGUAAUUGCAGCCUGUACCUUGAAUUUUCACAGAGCUUUGCCUCUCUUUGUCCUGACUGUCCUUGCCAUCUUUUUCAUUUGCUGGGACUUUCUGAUGGCCAAAUAUGAGAACAGAAUUGCUAAAUCUCUUUCUCCUUUUGGAAAGUUUCUGAGUAAACAGUGGUUUUGGCUGAAAUGGGUAGUGUGGAUCUCUCUAAUAACUGCCAUUGUAUGCUGGCUUAUCUUUGACACUGCCAAACAAGGAACCAGACAGCUCAUAUCCUUUGGUGGACUAGUUGUGUAUGUUCUCUUGAUGCUGAUUUUUUCUAAAUAUCCAACAAAGGUUAUAUGGAGACCAGUGUUAUGGGGAAUAGGACUGCAAUUUGUCCUUGGACUAAUAACAUUAAGAACAAAAGUAGGAUUUGAUGCAUUUGAAUGGCUUGGUGCACAAGUACAGACUUUCUUGGGAUACACAGAUGCUGGGUCUAAAUUUGUGUUCGGGGAAAAAUACAUGGAUCAUUUCUUUGCCUUCAAGGUGCUGCCUAUAGUCAUUUUCUUCAGCACUGUGAUGUCUGUGCUGUACCAUGUUGGAUUCAUGCAGUGGCUUAUUAAAAAGGUUGGAUGGAUAAUGCAAAUUACCUUAGGGACAACCCCUGUUGAAUCCUUAGUUGCAGCCGGCAAUAUAUUUGUGGGGCAGUCAGAAUCUCCGCUCUUAGUGAAGCCCUAUUUGCCAUAUGUUACAAAGUCAGAACUCCAUGCUAUCAUGACAGCAGGGUUUGCCACCAUCGCUGGAAGUGUCUUAGGGGCAUAUAUUUCUUUUGGGGUUUCAGCUACCCAUUUAUUAACUGCUUCUGUGAUGUCAGCUCCAGCAGCUUUGGCUAUUGCCAAGCUCUUUUGGCCUGAAACUGAGCAACCCCAAAUAACUGUACAGCGGAGCACAAACCUUGGAAAAGGGGACUCCCAAAAUCUGUUGGAAGCAGCCAGCCAAGGUGCCUCUUCGUCCAUCUUCCUGGUGGCAAACAUCGCUGCGACUCUGAUUGCCUUCCUUGCCGUCUUGGCUUUCUGUAAUGCAGCCUUGUCCUGGCUGGGAAACAUGUUUGACUAUCCGCAGCUCAACUUUGAGAUAAUUUGUGCCUAUGUUUUCAUGCCAUUUUCUUUCAUCAUGGGAGUCGACUGGGAAGACAGUUUUAUUGUCGGUGGACUUCUAGGUUAUAAGACUUUCUUCAAUGAAUUUGUGGCUUAUGAACACCUAUCAAAAUUGAUUCAGCUAAGGAAGAAAGGAGGGGAAUUGUACAGCAAUGGUGUGAAACAAUAUUUGAGUAUCCGGUCAGAAACCAUUGCCACUUAUGCCCUGUGUGGAUUUGCCAACUUUGGUUCCUUAGGAGUGGUAAUUAGUGCUUUGACUGCCUUAGCUCCCUCCAGGAAGAAAGACAUUGCCAAUGGGGCCUUCCGGGCCAUGGUUGCGGGCACUGUGGCCUGCUUCAUGACUGCUUGCAUUGCAGGAAUAUUAUCUGUGGCAGUAGAUCCAUGCACUGCUUUAUUAGAAAACAUGACUACCAAUAGUACAGAGAUAGUUACAUGUUGUUUAAAGCUCAUCAACAGUGCAAACAGUUCUACAGAGAUCUUCCUGAAAACAAACAGCAAUGUAACCUUGACUGGAUGUUGUACAUUUCUGUACCAACCCACAAUUAACUGCAGCUGGACAAAUACAUUAUUUUAAACUGAGAUGUUUUUUGUAAGAAACAGACCUAUAAAAACUUCCUCACUGGAAGGGGUCUUAAGUGUAUCUUGUGGCAAACAUAAUAACAAAAUGGGGGGGGGGGAGAGAAAAUAUCCGACAAGUCAUGCAGCACAGCAUCCUUUAUUUAAGUGUGUUGCUUUAUUUAAGUGCGUUGCUUAUUUAACUCACAUUGCUUCUGGGAAACUAUCCUCACCCAGUUGAUACUUCCAAGAGCAAAAUAAGCUCUUUGAAGGACUGAUUUUGGCAAGGAGUUAGGUUCCUGCUCCCAUUCAGCCUUCCUCUGUAUUUGUUUAUAUUUUCAUCUGUGUCUUUUUGUUCAAUAAUCAUCAUCAUCUUAAAAGCUAAGAAGAAGUUGGAACUUAAUGUCAUAUACUGUCUGGUUUUGAAACAGCAAUCAAAAGGCACACGGUCUCUACAAAAUGAAUUUGUGAUGAAACAGUGAAGAAAAUAAAAUAUUCCAUCAACUAAAACAAAGACAAAUGCUAACAGUGUAGAUCAGUGGUUCCUAACCUGUAGUCCAUGGACCACCAAUGGUCCACAAGAACUAAAAUAUGGCCUGCAGCCUCAUCGUUGCUACACCAUUACAACGAGAGUGACUGGUCUCGCAAAACCCUCUUAUAGUGCCGAGGCUUAUUAAAUUUUGUGGACAAGCAGAUGGUGACUACUGGAUGGCAUAUGUUCUGUAUUAGAAACUAGAGCUGAUAUGGUCUAGCCAAUGCAAUUUUCUGAAUCAGCACCUCAAAUAACCAAACCAAAUCUUAAGUUGACCAAAAACUGAUUCAUAACCCUUUUGGUACUAAAGUUGGAGAGUGGUCCCUGGUCAGAGUGGUCCCUGGUCAAAAAAAGAUUGGGAACCACUGGUGUAGAUGGUAUGUAAGGAGAUGCGAAAUAGUAACUUUCUUGUACUCUAAUUGGCUAUUGGCAAAGGAUAGUUGGGUCUUCAGCAUGAUUUAUCUUAGGGAAGCAAAAGGGUUUGUUGUACAGAAUGAAAAGUUAAAAGUUUCAAGUUUUGAGUAAACCUCUGUCAUAUUCUUCAUAAUACUUUAUCCAGUUCUAGAAACCCAAAAGAUAUUGCCUUCCUGAAUACUUGAAAUUGUCUCCUUAUGCUUGGAAACAUUUUCCCAUAAUAAACUGGGCAUCAUUUCUAUAGUAAGAGAGACUAUAUUGAUGGCGCAGAUAAUUUUAACUGACUAAUAAAAGAACACAUACUUCAGCACAUGCAUAAUGCUUUCUGUAGUACAUAUAUCAUUGCUGUUUGCAUUCUUGGUAAAUACAUGCCUAUUCGGGAACUCCAUGUAUGUUCAAAACCCCUCCUAGGAAACAAGAUUAGUCUGUGCUUGUACAUUAUUUAUUUUCUUAUGUAUUUAUUGAUUUUGAGUUGGUGUAUACUUUUUGUAAGCUAACGGCACCAGCACAGUCUAGAAAACAGGACAUAAUACAAAUCAAAAUUAACUACAAUUUAAAAAGACAAACUGCACAAAAUGGGCAGUUCUACCAUCUAGCCUCCUAAACCAGUUUAAAAUGUCUGAACUCAUAGAUCUGCGCUGACAGUGACUAAUCUUCAGGUUAUGGUGAAAGCUCUGUGAAAAUGAUGACACUUUAAAGUUGAACUCCAUGGUUGUGGCUUUUGAGAUAUAUUAAACAGGUGAGUAAAAGAAGACAUAAUAAAAAAGCACAAUGAAGGUGUAAAAAUUAUCUGUGGAAUGGAACAUGUACAUAGAAGAGUUUCUCUCUUGCAAGAUUAGAGCCUGGGGUCACUCAUUGAACUUGAAUGUUGUAAGGAUUCAGGACAGACAAAAGGAAUUUCUUAUCACAUCACACAAAGUUAAACUGUCAGAUUCACUGACACAAGACAUAAUAGUGGCUGAUAAUUUUGGAGGUUUCAGAAGAGGAAUGGAUAAAGAAUGGACCAUAAAUGGCUGCUAAACUCCAGCCCUGUGUGUGAGCUUCCUAUGAGCAACUGUUUGGUAUUAUAUGAACAGAAUCAGACACAACUAGACUUAAUGUUAGGGGAACCUUUUAGCUUUACCAAGAGGACUAUUUCCAAAAUAUUUUUUUAAAACAGAAAGAAUAAGAAUAUGUGCUAACCUGGGCAAAAAAUGUUGGAAGGGUAAUUGAUAUUGACCAAUGGGAACAUAUUUGGAAAGACAUGGUGAGUUUUAUGUGUUCUAGCAGUCUUAAAGAAAAUUGUUAUAAAGUCCAAUAUCAAUGGGAUUUAGCUCCACAGAUGCUAGCUAAAAUAUAUAAAACCAGGAAAUACUUAUGCUGGGAAUGUGGCAAAGAAAAAGGUACACUCUGUCAUAUGUUAAGGAACUGUAAAACGUUAAGAACUAUUGAAAGAACAAUUAAUACUAUUUUACCAUUAGAAUUAGAAUUUGUGCUGCAGUUGUAUCUCCUCAACAUGAUAGAUGUACAAAUCAAUAAGCCUACAAGUAGAAGAAUUGUGUAUGUGAUUACAACAGAAAGGAUAGUAUUGGUAAAAAGUGGAAAAUAACUGAAGUACCUUCCAUCUAUGAUUGGCAACUGAAAUUAAGAUAAGUCAUGGAAAUUGACAAAUUAACUAGAAUAAUGAAAGGGAGCUCUCUAAGCAAGGUGUGGAAAGAGUAGGAGAAAACAGAGAAAUAUUUUAAGGAAGAUGUAGUCUCAGUAAACAAAAAUAAGCAUUGGGUAUUUAAGUUCCAAGAUGAAGUACUUUUGCCACAUCAUGAGAAGAAAGGAAAGCUUAGAGAAGACAAUGAUGCUGGGGAAAAUGGAAAGAAAAAGGAAGAGAGGCUGACCAAGGGCAAGAUGGAUGGAUGGUAUCCUUGAAGUGACUGGAUUGACCUUGAAGGAGCUGGGGGUGGUGACGACCGACAGGGAGCUCUGGCGUGGACUGGUCCAUGAAGUCACGAAGAGUCGGAAAUGACUGAGCGAAUGAACAAUAACAAUUUAAGUUCCUCUUUUUACCAAAUGGAGACCAGAAGACUUAAGAAGAACCUUUACCUUAAAGGGAGGGAAGGAAGUAGUGUCUUUUUAUUUAUUGUUGAAUUGGAUUAUGUUACAUUUUCUUGGUUUUUGUGUGUAUUUUCUUCUUUGUAUCUUAUGGUUUUGUAUGUUUUUCUUUCUUUCCUUCUAAAAAUAAA